ACAGAUCAGACAGAUGAAAAAUCGGUGGUGCAGGAGCUGGAACAAUGAUUUAAAUCCAGUGCAGUAACUAUCAAAAAGGACCACAGUUUUGUAUCUCAAACACUGUUUCAUUUUGAGAUUUGUCUGGUUGUUACAAUGGCAAGAUAUUAUCUUGUGAUUUGGAUUGUUUUUUGUUUGGACCAGGCUGAUUCUUCCUCAGAUAAAUGUCUCCAAGAGAGAAACAGACUUCAGGCACAGCUAAAGAGUAUGGAGUCUCGUGCUGUUAAGCAACGGGAGAUGAUUCAGCAUUUACUGGACCUCAAUCAGCAGCCUCCUCUUCUUCACAAUGAAAGCAUCUUUUUUGACAUAGAAGAUAAACAAUAUGCCGACUGUGCUCAGAUUUUCACUAAUGGUUCCACAAAGAGUGGAUUUUACAUGAUUAAACCUGAAAAGAGCCCAGCUAAGAUCAAAGUGUACUGUGAUAUGGGAGAUGGAGGCGGGUGGACAGUCUUCCAAAGACGCUCUGAUGGCAACGAAUCUUUUGACAGAGAUUGGAAUGAUUACAAAACUGGAUUUGGUGAUAUGAAAUCUGCAAAUGGAGAAUUCUGGUUAGGGAAUGAUAACCUAAAUUACCUGACAUCCCAGGGUGAUUGCAGCCUGAGAAUUGACCUGGAAGACUUCGAAGGCAGCCAUCGUUUUGCCCUGUACAGAAAGUUCCAAGUUGACAGUGAACAGAAUCAAUACCAGCUGACGUUUGAUGGAUACAGAGGGAAUGCAGGAGACUCGCUCUCAGGCAGCUAUAACCCAGAGGUACAGGGUUGGGCAAGUCACCAGGGCAUGAAAUUCAGCACAAAAGAUAAGGACAAUGAUCGCUAUGAGCGCAACUGUGCUCUGGAAGAUAUGUCUGGCUGGUGGUUUAACAGGUGUCACUCUGCCAAUCUGAAUGGACUGUACUAUAAGGGGCCUUACAGUGCAGUGACUGACAACGGGAUAGUGUGGUACACCUGGCAUGGCUGGUGGUACUCUCUCAAAACCGUGCAAAUGAAGAUCAGACCAAGUGCCUUUGAACCAAAUGAAGUCUAACAUAACACAUUUUACCAUUACCCAGUUAUUCAUGAGAGAUAAUAUAGAGAUAAUGUAUGCAUACUUGUAAUAUUUUUACAUACAGUUUACAGUAAUGUAGAACAUAUAGCUGAUGUCAUAAGUUUAAAAACACCUUGGAGAAUCUGCAAAAAAUGUAAAAAAAAAAAAAAAUAAUAAUAAUAAAAAUGAG